CAUUCCGCCGCGUGCUUUUCUCCGACCGCCGGACCCCCCCGCGAAGCUCUCGCAGCCGACGACAGCGAGCGACGCUUCUGCAGUCGACGUCAGUCAGCCAUGGCAGCUCCCAAUUGCUGGCGGUGCCUCGCGAGGCCCUCGCAGACCCGACUGCUCUCGUUCCCGACAAUCUCGACGCCCGCCACCACCCUACCUGCAUCAGUCUCCCUGUUCUCCACGUCCACUGCGCUGGCUGCCACUCUGCCAGGCAAGAAGAAGGAAGCCACGGGCAAGGGCCACAUCAGAGCCGGCAAGCGGCUGACGCUCGGCAAGAAGAAGAGAAAGCCUGCGGAGAAGGGCAGGCCCGUUGCCCCCGGCGAGCGAAAGGCGUUCCGCAAGCGCAUCCAGCUCAGCAACGACAAUGCCCUCGAGGUUCCCGGGCUCCUUGAGCUCAGCAAGGAGGUCAUCAGCGACCCGGAGUCUGUCGGAAAGGUCGUCCGGUUGCCUGGGACCCUCGUGGAUCAGCUGCGGACAAUUGAGGUCUUCAAGCCCACGCAGAACUGGUCGCUCUUCAGAUCGCCGCACAUGCUCAUACGCAAGGAGACGGCCGAGCUUGCCAAGCAGAUCCAGGAUGCGGUAGACAAGAAGCAGACCCUGCGGACGGUCAUCACUGGCAGCAAGGGCUCUGGCAAGAGCAUAUUAGAUCUCCAGGUACUGUCCAUGGGGUUGCUCAACGAUUACUGUGUGAUCCAUAUUCCCGAGGUCCAAGACCUGACUACGGCGCACGUCGACUACUCGGCGAUCCCCGACUCAAAUCUCUAUGCUCAGCCAACAGCAACAAUUAAGCUGAUGCAGGCCAUCCUCAAGGCCAACCCCGUGCUCAGCCAAUACAAGGUCGAAGGCGACUACCUCUACCUGCCCGUCAACAUCUCCCGCAGUAUGACGCUGGCGCAAAUGCUCACAGCCACCAAGGAUCCCGAAUUUGCGUGGCCAGUCUUCAAGGCUUUCUGGCAGGAGCUCAUCCGCCCGGGUCGCCCUCCCGUCAUGUUCACCCUCGAUGGCCUGGCGCACAUGAUGCGCAUGAGCGACUACCGCUCGCCCUCGUUUGAGAUUAUCCACUCGCACGACAUGGCCCUCGUCGGGCUCUUUGCCGACUCCCUCGCCGGCAGGGUGCAGUUCCCCAAUGGCGCGGCCAUCAUCGGCACGACCAGCCAGAGCAACUGCCCGAUCAUCCCAUCCCUCGUCAAGGCGCUCGAGCAGGCGACAGCCCGGACCAAGGGCUUGCCCGUCCCGCCGCGCGACCCGUACUGCAAGGACAAGGAUGAGCGGGUGUACGAGUGUCUGAAGGACGUCAAGGUCCAGGAGGUGCAGGGCCUCUCCAAGUCCGAGGCGCGGUCUCUGAUGGAGUAUUGGGCCGCCAGCGGCAUGCUGCGGACCACCGUUAACGAGUAUAGCGUGUCCGACAAGUGGACCAUGGCGGGUGGCGGUAUCGUCGCCGAGAUGGAGCGUGCGGCCCUCUACGAUAACCGGAUGGCCAUGUAAACGAGAUGAAGUGCGACGGAGCGAGGAAGGGAUGCAGCAAGCGCUGCUGUUGUAUAAGUGUAUACUCUGUAUGUAUAAACUGGACCGCUGUCCACGAGGCUGUAGAAAAAGAACGAUUCAUGCUAGAA